UGCAAGCCUGGCCGCCAGGCGGAGCAGAGGGCCCCGUCGACGCGACGCCGCUCCCCGUCACGGCCGUGUGUCCGAGACCCUCGCCAGCCCCCACGCACGCUGUCACGUGACACCGUCGUCACACCGGCGUGACAACGCAACCCAUCCGUCCGCAACGCCGUGACGGCCCGGCCGGCGGCUGUGACUAGCCUGGACUAGUCGCGACGAGCAAGUGCCGACGACAUAACCUCAAAAUCCCCGUGGUGGCGCUGCAUGUCAACACAGUGCGUUCCCGCCAAACCGCUCCUCGUCGUCGCCUCGCCAAGUUUUCGCGCCACUUCGCGUUCCCGGUGUUCCCAUGUCUCCUCGAACCUGCCUGCUGUCUUUUGAAGUUCGCGCGGAGGUCGAAGCGCCCACGCCGCUCGGCGAGUCCUAGUUCGAUGCCCCAGUCUCGCAGUGCCUCAGCGGGAUGACCCAGCGGCGGGGACCUCCUCAAGACACCGCCAGUGGCAUCGUCCAGUCGGCGCGAGUGGAGCAGGACCGCUGCCAUGGAGGCUGCCAUCGAGACCAGCAGAGGCAAGCGCGGGCCGUGAGGAGCUGCAGGUCAUGAACCGGCCAUGGACGACGGACACCUGGAGAAGCGAGGGUCCGUCAAGAGCGAGGGUGCGUUCCUCAAGCCGGAGGUCGAGGCGGAGGGCGAGGACGGCGAUGACGCCGCCGCCCCGCUGGGCCGCCACCUGUCCCAGAGUGUGUCGGAGCUGAGCGCGGGCUGCGGCUGCGGGGGCUGCGUCGGCGGCGCGGGGGCCUGCCUCCGCCCCCGCGUGCCGCCCCCGCCCGCCGCCGGCCCGUCGCGCGACUCGCUGGCCACCACGCCGCCGAGGUCGCCGUCCAGGUCGCCCCGGGGGUCGCCCCGCCUGCUGCGGCCCUUCCGGGCCCACCUCACGCCGCCGGGGGUGCGGCGCGCGUCGGGGCCCUCGGGCCGGGGCUCGGGCCGCCACCCGUCGCCCAGCAGGCAGCCGCCCCCGAUGGUGGCCAUGGCCGCCGCCCCCGCCGCCGCCCCCGCCGCGCAGGCAGCCAUCAGCGCGCACCUCAGCGUCAUGCAGAAGACGCACUCGUUCUUCAACUCACUCAAGAACCGCUGGGUGCGCAGCCGGUCGCGGGAGCGGCGGCGGACGCGCGGCGAGGCGGACCAGGGCGACGACGGCGGCGCGGCCGGCGUCGAGGACUCGUACUCCACGGACUACGCGGCGGACAACUCGUCGGAGUACUCGUCGUCGGCCACGCAGUCGCCCCGCCACCGCCACCGGGUGCCCGCCGACGCCACCACCGCCGUCGAGGACUCCCCCGUCAGGCUGCGGCGCCAGGCCUCGGCCGCCAGCGGCAUCACCGCCACCACCACGGCCUCGGCCACCUCGGCCACCACCGCCGCCACCACCACCACCACCAUCGUGCAGCCCCAGCCCGGUACCUCCAGCGACAUCCCCAUGCUGCUGGUGGCGUCCUCGGCGGAGUGCGAGGUGGCGCAGAGACGCCGCGCCGCGCUGCUGCAGCACUCGUUCUACCAGCUCCGCGUGCACCUCAAGAGGGGCAAGGACCUGGUGGCCAGGGACAAGAGCGGAACGAGCGACCCGUACGUCAAGUUCAAGGUGGGCGGCCGCCUCAUGCACAAGUCCAGGACGAUCCCCAGGGACUUGAACCCCGUCUGGGACGAGAGCUUCACGCUGGCCAUCGAGGACCCCUUCCAGCCCGUCCAGCUCAAGGUGUUCGACUACGACUGGGGGCUGCAGGACGACUUCAUGGGGUCGGCGGUGCUGGACCUGACGCGGCUCGACCUGGGCAGGCACACGGAACUGGUGCUGCCGCUGCGGGACGCCGGCAAGGAGGCCGGCAAGGAGCCCGGCAAGGAGGCCAUGGAGUACAUGGGCGAGCUGGUGCUGGCAGUGUCGCUGUGGCCGCGGACGCAGGAGGACCGCGAGCAGGCUGCUGCAGGACAGUCCGGCUCAGGGUUGUCUGUGUCCAAACUCCUCCCCCAAGUAACGCAGCAGUACUUUCAGCGGAACAACAAGCUGUCCGACGUGAACCGAAGACUGAAAAGCCAGAUCUGGAGCUCCGUAGUCACCAUCGUCCUCGUGGAGGGCAAGAACCUCCUGCCCAUGAACAUGGAGGGCACCAGCGACUCUUACUGCAAGUUCAGGCUGGGCCAGGAGAAGUACAAGAGCAAGGUGGCCUACGGCACGCUCAGCCCGUCGUGGCUGGAGCAGUUCGACCUGCACAUGUACGACGACCAGAGCCAGGAGCUGGAGGUGACGCUGUGGGACAAGGAGCGCUCCAAGGACGACUGCAUCGGCAGGUGCACCAUCGACCUGUCGCUCCUGGAGCGGGAGUCGACGCACCGCAUCAGGCAGCCCUUCGACAACGGCGCCGGCUCGGUGUUCCUGCUGCUCACCAUCAGCGGCACCACCGCCUCCGAGACCAUCUCGGACCUCACCACCUACGAGGACAACCCCCGCGAGCGCAGCCACGUGGAGCAGCGAUACGGCCUGCUGCAGUCGUUCGCCAACCUCCGCGACGUCGGCCACCUCACCGUCAAGGUGUACCGCGCGCAGGGUCUGGCCGCGGCUGACCUGGGCGGCAAGUCGGACCCCUUCUGCGUGCUGGAGCUGGUCAACGCGCGCCUGCAGACGCAGACGGAGUACAAGACCUUGGCCCCGCAGUGGAACAAAAUAUUUACCUUCAAUGUGAAAGACAUCAACUCAGUACUUGAGGUUACGGUCUAUGAUGAGGACAGAGAUCACAAGGUGGAAUUUCUGGGAAGGCUAGCUGUGCCCUUGAUGCGCAUGCGGUCUGGAGAGAAAAGAUGGUACUGCCUCAAGGACAAGAACUUAACCAGCCGUGCCAAGGGCAACAACCCCCAAAUACUUCUGGAGAUGACUGUUCUCUGGAACCCGAUUCGGGCCAGUAUAAGAACCAUAAAUCCAAAAGAAAAGAAAUAUAUGCAGUCUGAAACAAAGUUCAAGCGACAAGUUUUUCUAAGAAAUGUGAUGCGGCUCAAAACUCUUAUAAUGUGUGUCAUAGAUUUUGGAAAAUAUUUGUCGGGUUGUUUUGAAUGGGAGUCUACACCCAGAAGUCUCAUAGCUUUAGUGCUGUUUAUUUUAGGGUGUUAUUAUUUUGAACCAUACAUGGUGCCACUUGGAUUACUCUGUGUAUUCCUUAGAUAUUACAUUGUGCUUUCUUUGACGGGAGGCUGGGCUUCUCAUGAUGAUGACGAUGAUUUAUCUGGUGAAGAGGAUUCUGACGAUGACGACAAAGAGAAGGAUGGCAAGAUGAGUCUGAAAGAGCGUUUGCAUGCUAUUCAAGAAGUAACACAAACUGUUCAAAAUUCUAUUGGACAUAUAGCAUCACUAGGAGAAAGCAUAAAAAACACCUUCAAUUUUACUGUUCCUUUCCUGACUUAUCUGGCAAUUCUAAUGCUGCUUAUUGCUGGUCUUGUGCUUUAUUGGAUACCAGCAAGGUAUCUGAUAAUGAUGUGGGGUAUUAACAAGUUUGCUCGUAAAAUCAUAAGACCUCAUACUGUGCCAAAUAAUGAAGUACUGGAUCUUCUUUCUCGUGUUCCCGAUGAUAUGGAUUUGGUUGCCUAUAGAGAACUAAGACCGCACAAUACUUCUGAAAGUGAAAGACGUCGUGAACAAAGAAAGAAGCACAAAGUUAAUUAGUGACAAAAAAAAUUUUGAGGUGCUACCAAGGGUAACAGCACAAAAUGUUGCAUGACUGAUCGUUUGUUAUUGUUUUCAAAGCUUAUGUAUGUAACUUAUGAUACUAUCAAGUGAGCAGUUGUAGCGUCCCCCACAGUACUGUACAUUUUUGUUGGUUACAGUAGUUUUGCUCUAAGCUGCCGCUAGAUCUAAAGAUAAUUUUAUACUUUGGAAAUAUUUUGACUCCAUUUUCAUAAAAAAAACUUAGAGCAUACAAAUUUUGAAAAACACUGUUGUUAGGUCAGUGCUAUAUCAUGGCAUCAGCCCAAACUUGUUGACUUCGUUGAUUGUUGUUAUUCAUUAUGCAUUUGCUAUAGUAUAAGAAUUUUUCUUGCUUGCUGAGCAAGCACAAAUUUUCUGGUAAAUGUUUUCACUAGAUUUGUGCCCUUUCUAGUCAUUAAGUACUUUCAUUAUGGAACUUACACGGCCCCUUAACUCAAUCCCAUUUAAUGAAUUUGGUUGACAAUUUUAUUAUUAUUUCAUAUUUUUAUAUUUUGAGUGAAAAGAGCUAGAUAGCAAUCAAUUUAUGCCUUAUUUAACUUAAGUGAAAGAAAUGUUACUCUGCUUUGUUAUUUCUUUCUGUCUGAAGAUCUUUGUAUUGAAACAAAAUCUUAUAUAGCAUUGACGUUGGCAAGUCAAAUAAUGCUACUUCAGUUGUGUGAACUUAAUUAUCCUAGCAUUGUCAUAUUAUUGGGUUCCAGUUGAUUUUCCAUUGAAGCAUUCCACACUUUACGUGACAAAUAUCAAAGGAUCAUUUUUUAGUGCCCUAAUUCAGAUUCAUGGUGAGUUGAAUUUUGAUCUUUCUCUGCAUUUCAAUUAUUCCCAUGUAUGUGUCAGGGAAUCUUGUGUAGUUCAAAGCAAUUACUAUUUUACAUUUGUAAAUCCUUUUCCUUCCCAUCAGUGGUAUAUCAAGUAUCAAUCAUUUAUUUUAAGUAUCAGAACAAUGUUAUCAUAUUGUUCCUCGCCUUCCUUGUAAUUUUCUUGUCAUGCCUUUUGAAACAUAUAUAGCAUUUCUUCCAUUUUAACUAAGUACUAUAUUUAAAAGUCUUGCAAGUGUCUUUGAUUCUUCCUGAUUUGCACAGGGUUUUCACCAGAACCUUGUUUUGCAGUGCGAAACCACCCUAAGGUCCUGGCUCUGAAUGGAAAGAUUUUUUAAUUUGACUCUGAAGUACCCAUCACCAAGAUGAAAUUUGGCUAUGUAUUUGACUUGUCACAGGUUGUGUGUCAAUAGAUUUAAGGGUAAAAUUGCCCACUAGUUCAUUCCAUUUUUAUGUUCUUAAUUUAUUAAAAACAUUUUUUUAGUUAACGUGAUGUACGUGCAUGAGUAAGCAUAUGUUUAUCAUUUCUGCACAUCAAUUGCUUUUACCAAUGUGAUGUUUAUUUUAUAAUGUUUUCUCAUCUGCUGAUCAAAACUAUCUUUACAAAGAAUGUGAUAUUAUAUAGUGAAGUUUGAAGUGUCCUUGUCGACAAUGUUCCUGCUUUACAUUAAUUUUAUUGUGAAAAAGGCUGUGCUCUUAAAUAAAAUCAAUUUCUGGUUCA